AUGGAGUAAAUCGAAUAAUUUUUAGGAAGUUAGAAAUGUUAAAGACAUCAUCAACAAUUAAGAUAAAUAGUUUUGCAAAAUUCAUAAGAAAUAACAUUGGAAUAGUGUGUUCGAUGUGAAAAUUGUGAAAAUGGAGGUUCUGAUUCAUAAAGUUAUAGUUUGUAACGGUUUAUGAACAGGUGUAGAAGUUAUGACUAAAAUUAUAUACCUAUUGAAGUUUGUAACAGAAGAUUUUACAAAAUGUUUUAAUUAUUAGAUGAGCUCUAAUAAAAAUUUCAAAAUUAUAUCUAAGGUGUUAAAAAAUGUAUAGAAUAAGAAUAAAGAGCCCUAUAUUAAAUGACUUUGGAAAAUCAAAUCAAACAAAUCAUAAGGGAAGAAAACCCUUAAAGUUAAAUCAUUAACAAUGAAAUUAACAAAAUCAAUACAAAUUUUACAAACAAGAUUAUUUAGAAAUUAGAUAAUUUAUAAAAUUUGGAAGAAAUAAGAAAAUGCAAACAAGAAAUUGAAAUGUUGAAAAGAGAUUUUGAUUAAUAAUAAUAAAUUCCGUAAUAAUAAUAAUAAUAAUAAUAAUAAUAAUCAUAAUAAUAAUAAUAAUAAUAAUAAUAAUAAUAAUAAUAAUAAUAAUAAUAAUAAUAAUAAUAAUAAUAAUAAUAAUAAUAAUAAUAAUAAUAAUAAUAAUAAUAAUAAUAAUAAUAAUAAUAAUAAUAAUAAUAAUAAUAAUAAUAAUAAUAAUAAUAAUAAUAAUAAUAAUAAUAAUAAUAAUAAUAAUAAUAAUAAUAAUAAUAAUAAUAAUAAUAAUAAUAAUAAUAAUAAUAAUAAUAAUAAUAAUAAUAAUAAUAAUAAUAAUAAUAAUAAUAAUAAUAAUAAUAAUAAUAAUAAUAAUAAUAAUAAUAAUAAUAAUAAUAAUAAUAAUAAUAAUAAUAAUAAUAAUAAUAAUAAUAAUAAUAAUAAUAAUAAUAAUAAUAAUAAUAAUAAUAAUAAUAAUAAUAAUAAUAAUAAUAAUAAUAAUAAUAAUAAUAAUAAUAAUAAUAAUAAUAAUAAUAAUAAUAAUAAUAAUAAUAAUAAUAAUAAUAAUAAUAAUAAUAAUAAUAAUAAUAAUAAUAAUAAUAAUAAUAAUAAUAAUAAUAAUAAUAAUAAUAAUAAUAAUAAUAAUAAUAAUAAUAAUAAUAAUAAUAAUAAUAAUAAUAAUAAUAAUAAUAAUAAUAAUAAUAAUAAUAAUAAUAAUAAUAAUAAUAAUAAUAAUAAUAAUAAUAAUAAUAAUAAUAAUAAUAAUAAUAAUAAUAAUAAUAAUAAUAAUAAUAAUAAUAAUCAUAAUAAUAAUCAUAAUAAUAAUAAUAAAAAGGUUUUGUAUACUUAAAUGGUAGUAAUUAAUAAUCAGAAACAUGCUAUUCAAUUUCAUUUAAUCAUAAUAAUUCACUUAUGAUUUCUGGAUGUAGUAAUUUUAUUAAAUUAUGGGAAUUUAAAGCAGGAUAAUUAAAUCUGAUCAGAAAUUUAGAAGGACAUCAAGACAUUGUUACCUAUUUGUUAUUCAGUAGUAAUUCAAAUAAUUUUAUUUCUGGUUCAUUAGAUGGUCACUUAAAAUGUUGGUCUUAUCUUUAGCAAAAUUAAUUAAAAUAAUCAAAAACUUAUGAAUUCCAUGAAAAAGGAAUAAGCUGUAUAAUUAUGAAUAAAAAAGAAAAUUUAGUAUUUACAAGUGAUAUGGAAAAAUAAAUUAUAAUAUGGGAGGCAGAUUUGAGUAGCAAUUAUUUAUCUAUUCAUCAAGUAUUAGAUAAUCAUAAUAAAUAAGUUAAUGCACUCAGUCUCAAUGAAUCUGAAACUAUAUUGGUUUCUUGUGGUUUAGAUAAGUUAAUUAUAAUAUGGUAAAAAGUAUAAGAUCAAUGGACAUAUAAAAGAAAUGUUAAUUUAUAAGCUUAUGAUUUUGGAACCAGAAUUAAAUUUAUCAAUAAUGAUAGAUUUAUAUGGGUUUCAGGAUUAGUGAAUGGAUAAGAUUUUGUAUUCGACUAUUAAUUUAAUCUUUAGAAUGAUACUAUACAGAAAAGGAAUAAGUCAAUCUUGUCAGAAAAAGAUUUGAAGGAUAGCCUUUUCUUCCCUAUUUUCUUAAAUAAAGAAAAAAAUAUUGUUGUAGUAAAACACAAAAUUUAUAUUUAUUUAUAUUAAAAAGAUCAUCAAGGUUUAUUGAAUUCACUACAUCUAAAGAAACUAAAUACUAAUGAAACAUAUGGAGCAAUAACAAGUGAUGGCUAAUAUUUAGUCACUUGGGAUUAAUCAAAAUUAAGAUAUGAAGUUUCUAAAAUUAUAAUUUGA